CGUUCUUUCUGCAGUUGCAAUAUUUGAUUGGCCCAAAUCGUUCUGUUUUUUGGUUGAUUUUCUCGUCUACUUUGAACUUACGGCUAUGGAUGUUCAGAUAUUCAUAUAGUUGAUGUGGGCCCACUGAUCAGUCUAGUCUACUCUAGUCUGAUGCACCAUUACUAUCAGAUAUUGUACAUUAUCAUCAUCAUCAUCGGUCUGCUCACAGCAGGCAUCCCCCACAAGUCAUCUCUAUCUAACCCUAUCCCUGGCCAGGUCUUCUGUUGCCAGUAGUCUGUCCCCAUCUCCUCCUGGCACUAUGACAGGUGGGUUGGGUGUACCUGCCAUGUGUUGUAUGAGUUUAGGGCAUUUGCAACAUGUGCGACUGUGACUAUUUAGCCGUCUGUUUUGUGUUAUAUUCACUUGUAGGCCUUAUUGUACAGGCACCCACCAACCAGGUAAAGUCAGUAAACUCAUAUUGACUUGUCUCACUUACUUGAGAGUGAUCAGUAUUUGCAGUGGAAAGUCAUUAUGACCUUUCAGUAUAAGGCUAAUUUGUAGUUGUUUGUCUCAUGAUCUUUCUGCUCUGUGGCCUAUUUCUGACUCGAUGUAGACGCUCAUCCUAAAAAUGCGCCCACUAACAUCUAUCAGUAUUCAGUCAAGUUUACACUUACAGUCAUAAUAAAUUCGCUGGAUUGAAAAAUCUGGCCUCUUGUCAUUGACCUGACUGUUGUUCACAGUCGGGUGAAUAGGCUCUUGAAACCUUAUAUUAAAUACAACAAACCCUGCACGCCCCGAUAAGUCUGAAUUUGGAGCCAAUUGAGGGUACAAUGGGCCUAGUUUUGUGUAACAGGCAGAAAUAUGUAUGAACAGACAUAUACUUGAGUGACAUAUUUGCAAGCAUAUCGGCAUAGGCCCAUACCCAGUUGGCAAACUUUAGUUUCUAGUUAUUUGGAAUUUCUCUUCUGAUGUAUUCACAAAUCUACGAUUUGAGUUGAGUGAAAGAUUGUUUAGUAUUACAUAUGAUUAUGUUCUGAAAUAUUUUAAGGUUAAGGUUGUGCUCUGUUUUGUAAUAAUGAUGUAUCCCCUAUGAUGGGUGAAUUCAUUAGUAUAAAAUUAUAACAUUCUUGCUGUGGAACUUCUUGUAGGAAGGAGGUAGAAACAUACUGAAAUGAGAACUGACAGUUGGAAUUUAGGGUCAGUCAGGUGUUUGUUACUGUGAUCUUGGACACUCUGGACGCACUGUGAUAUUCUGGACAUUUUAUUCUUCCCAUAUUCUCGUAGAUUGUACUCAUUGCUGAUAUUGGACAGUAUUUGCGAAUAAGAUGGUGUUGCUACUAGUUGGGUCACUUUCCGGCCUGGCAGCACCACAGUAUGUGACACCUCUCGUCACGAGCGUUCUGCUCCUUGGGAUGUCGUAUAAAUACAUUAAACAUAAACGGAUCAAGCGCUCUCUGGAAAAACGGGUCACAAAGAAGGAGAUGCCCAAAAAACGGUAUAGUCGUACGUGUGAUGUGCUGUGGUUUGUGGUUUUGGUGCUAAGUUUCUUCCUGCUUGGUUUCUUCCUAUACUUCAUGCUUGUGAUGAAAAAUGAUGCCGACAAUUUCAAUUGGUUUAUCUACCACCAACUACAACAGUGGAUCAACUGGCAUCAGGUCAUCCUCGGUGCUGCUGCCACUGUCUUCACUUACUGCUGCUCCGUACUGAUUCUUGCCUUAUGCCAUAUCGGUAUUGGUUACCAGUUGUAUAUGCACCACCUCCAUCGGGUACUGCUGAUUCUGGCCGAUGCCCUCGCCGUCGCAAUCCUUAUCAUUCUCACCGAUGUCGCCCAACAUGAAUGGACUCUCCAGCGGCUUGCGUUAUCUAUGUGUGGUCCAUUCUUGUACGUAGGAUCUGUGAUAGUGAUGACGCUACUCUCGUGGCUCGUUGCAGCCAAGUUUUUGCAUUCUGAAAAAAAAGGUCUGAGGAUAUUUUGGUUGUGUGUCUAUGUAGUUGUGAUGCUAUUUUUAUACGUUAGUCCACUUUUAAAGAAAUCUCCGUGCGUCUGUCCCACCAACGAGCUUCCAGCCAAACCAAAACUCAUUGGUCACAGAGGGGGCGCUGCUUUAAGUCCUGAAAACACGAUGGCUGCCUUUAAACAUGGUUUAGAAGUGAAUGGCUUACUGGCUUUAGAAUCGGAUGUUCGAAUUAGUUUGGAUGGUAUUCCAAUGGUGAUACAUGAUGAAACCCUCCAUCGAACUACAAAUGUGGCCGCAUUAUUCCCGAGCAAUGUGACGGCAUCCACCUCAUCUUUCAACUCAACCGAUUUAGAAAAGCUCAAUGCGGGCGAAUGGUUUUUAAAGUUGAAUCCAUUUGGUACGGCGACUUCCCUGACAGCAGCACAAACUGAAGAAUUCCGUCAACAGUCAAUUCCGACCUUCAAAAAACUGCUGGAGUUCUGCAAGAAUGCGAGUGUCCCUAUCUUCUUCGAUCUCAUGCCCCCCAAAGAUGGCACCCACCCGUACCACCAAGCCAUCACGAAUAUUACCAUCGGUGUAAUCGAAGAAUCUGGGAUACCACCAAAAGAUGUGUGGUGGAGUAUAGAGAGGACUGAUGCAUAUAUUCCAAAAGAUUAUACGAUCGUAGCGAAGGCCAAUCUGAGCCGCGAGUUUAUAAUCAGUCAUAACAUAACAUCUGUAAACGCCAGAUUUGAACAUCUAUCUGAUGAUGAUAUACAAUUUUAUAAAAGUCGUAACAUAUCGGUGAAUAUCUUUAUGGUGGAUUCUGAGUGGUUAUACUCCCUCUAUUGGUGUAUGGGUGUAACGUCUGUGACGUCAAACUGGAUACAUACGCUCUCAAAGAUGGAAAACCCUAUAUGGCAUAUGACCCCAGAGACGUACCUCACGAUGUGGGUGUCCGUGGACUGCGUGUCCCUCUUGCUAGUGUGCGCUGUAUUCCUCAUUCAAUGUUUCAGGGCUGCCAGCCAGAAGAAGUAUACACCUCCCUUGACGACGAUGCAUUAUAAGAAACCCCGCAACGGUCAGAUGAAGGAGAAGCUGCUCUUUAUGAAGGAUAGCACAGAGACGUUGAAUAUGGAACCCGGGGGCGGGGUGGUUCAUGGGAUUGGUCUCGCGGCGAUGGAGGAUGAAAAACCGGCCGAGAGUUGCCAGAUGAAGACAUUGGAUGUGAUUGCACUGACGGACCAAACGGAGAAUAGAAUCGUUUCACCUGUCGAGGUGAACUUGGAGAUCAAUAGAUGAGCGGAGAGUGGUCUAGUUUCAUAAAUUAUUGAAUUUUAUUGCACUGUUUUUGUUGGAAGAUUUUGUCAACUUCAGACAAAGCCGGGUACUAUAAGAAUCUGUUGAAUGUAACUGCUGGCCUGUGUAGGAAUGACCUGUGGUUUUGAUGACAAACAAGCUUAUUGUUGGCUACAGUCCCAUAGUCUGGUUGAACCUUUCAUAAGGUGCCACUGCCUUUCAUUUCAUAAUGGUGACUGGCGUUUUAGUCGGUCAAUACUUUUAUGGUGUGAAGGUCUCUUCAAGGUCUUUCAACUCCAGGCUGGACAAUUUUCAGGCCAGGAUUUACAUAUACAGGGUGUCAGAAAAACUGGUGAUAAAAUUUUAAUGGAGAUGUUCAUAAAUGGCAAUACACGUAUGGUUCCAUCGCUUUCUACAAAUAUCUGUUAACAAGAGGUUAGAUGUCCUGUUCCUGUUAUGUUUCUGUCAAAUUAGUGUGUAUGUGACAAAGUACCUUUUUUUCGGUUGUCCAUGGAUAUCAGUGUCUGUGCAUGUAAGUGUAAUCACUGUCUCUAGGUAAUUUGACUGUCAUGCCAGUUUGUCAGAGUACAUAUGUGGCUUUUUAUCAAUAAUUGGCUCAUAUCGGCCGUCCAUUAUAGUGUGUAUCUCAGGAUUAUUAUUUGCUUCUACAGCACAAGCCGGGGGGGGGGGGGGGCUUGGCAAUUACCACCAAUGCCGCUUUUUAUGUGUUAUAUAUAUGUGUUUAUAUCAUACAAAAACACUUCUUCCAGAUUUGGAAAAAUUCUCUCCACAAAAUCUGACUGUAAACUAUGCUCUGAUAUUCUUUUAUUUCAAUAGCAACUAUACUGCUUAAUUUUUAGGCGAUAACUUCCAGGGGUAGGCAAAUACCAGAGUUGCGUGCAAGGGAAAAUAUCGGAAAUACUGUUGGCUACAGAUGAAUCGUCAAUGGGUUGAAUCACCAGCAGCAAACACUUUCCCUACUGCACCCAGUAUUUACCAGGUUCGUAGACUGCCAAGUUGGCCGCUUGGUAUACCAUGCGCUUGGCCAGGGAUCUUUUAAAUUUUAAAACCCUGUGUUAGCGCAAGUGUGAAAACUGUUGAUAUCGGGCCUGUAAAUCCCUGCAGGGUAAAAAAGGUCAACACCUGCCCUGCAAAGGAGGAUGUUGUGACAGGGUACAUUUCAGUUGGUGGUGCUUCUAUUGGAAGAUGGGUGCCACUUAUUGUGAUAUGAUGAGAUUAGUUUGAACACGUGUUAGUCAUCCAGUUACCAUGAAAUUUGCAUUUCCCCAAAACUGGUAUGCCACUUCCCGUUAAAAAUGUAUAACACAAUGCAAUCUGACUUUGUUGCACAAUAUAUUGUCAUGACAUUGUAGUAGGGUAUCAGCAUCUGACGUCAGAACUCGAGGCAACUAUGAUGUCACAUCUAUGUCACAACAUAGCAAUACCCCAGUGACAGCGCCACGUUGCCUCAGCCAAAGUUUUGCUGCUACCCUGUUGUAUUUAGCACUGGGCAUUUUGCACUGUCCUGAUAAUGGGCCUUAUUCAAUGUUACUGCACUUGUAUGCAUGAUGUUGUCAGCCAAUACACAUGAAGAGCUGCUGCGCUAAAAUAAAGCUCGCAACACUUUGGGUACAUGCAGCAGUGCCCUCUGUAUGGAUCUCUGCAAACUAUACACUCUCCCUUUAAGAGCACAAGGCUGUGCUCUUGUUAUUUACAUGUAUGGCUUUCUCUGUUUAAAUGAAUGGCGGGCAUAAUGAGGUUGAUAGUUCUGACGAGAAGAGGGCUGGUUAGGUUUAUUGGGAGUUUUAUGAAUGUAAAUAUGUUCUGUCCUCACAUGCUCAAUAUCUCUUCAAUACGUGUAGGUCUGUUUCGCAGCACUUUGCGUAUUAUUUUGUAUUCAUUUCAGAAUGAUAAUAAACUUUAUUUUCAUGCUAGUUACUGCAUU